AUGUCUACAUCGCCAGGAGACACUGUUGAGAGUUUUGAGACUUAUACUCAGGGAGCUGAGCGAGAUGAACAGGGGACCGGGGACCUUCCAACUUAUCAUGAUAUUGCAGCCCAAAGCGGUCCAAAUUCACGCUUUGGUCGCUGGAGAGGCUGGAUAGAAAAGAGAGCCGCAGAGCGUUAUGCAGACGUCACUGCCGAGGAAUUUCAGCGCAGGCGAGCUAGAGGGUGGAGUGAAGAUGGGUCUUCGCAGGCUACCGAGGAAUAUCAAGACAACUCUGUCCCGGAGUGUUACAGUUCAACACCUGAGCUCCUGCACUUGACAAUAAAUGCAGAUCUUCCCCCUCUCCCUCCUCCUCCGCAGACAAUUCCCGAUGAAUAUACAACUCCCGAUCCAUCGCUGGAGCCUUCUCUGCAUAUACCAGAGGAACAUAUGCCCCCAACUCACCUCUCAAUCCAUCAUUUCGGCUCCCGUUUUUUACCGCACUCGACUGCGCCUAUCAGAUGCAUUCUUCCUCUCCAGCACGAUCGUCUCCUACUCAUGGGUACCGAUACUGGGUUGUCAGUCCUUAACAUGUUCCCUGCAAAGUGGGCUGAUGAGACAAGUCCUGAUGGAGUAACUGGCCUCAUUCAAAAGGGACCCGCUGAUGCACAGGCCAGAGUUAUGUGGACAGGAGAGGCUGUCUACCAGUUGUCGCUUUUGGAGUACGAAGACGCCGGUGAAAGUACUCCGCAGGGGGUCGUACUUGCUUUGGUUGGUCCUGAGCUCGAAGAUUCUCAAUCUCCUGGCGCGCAUCAAGAGUCCCCGCGCUUUCUCAGAAUGUAUAAACUCGCAAGUUUGACCAGCCUAGCAAGGUGGGCCAUCGCGCAUCAAGACGCACAGCCAGUUGAUUUGCACAGGUUAUCAGACUGGCAUUCCCAAGAGACACCAGUGAAGAAGCACAGAUCAACAAAUAGUAUUACAAAGGGUUUACGAAAUCUCAUCACGGACCCUCCCGCUCGUAAGCGACGAACUAGUUUCCUUCCAACACCAAAUACAAAGCGCCCACCAGCAAAGAGAGAUCAAUCUUGGGACGUUGUCGACGAUUUACCACUGCGCUGGGCUACUGAUUUUACAUCACUUUCGUCAACUGGGUCCAGAAUAUCUAAUACGAGUGUGGUUUCCUAUGCUCUCUGGCACGAAGGUGGUACGGGAUCCACUCGCCGUGCACUGCUUGCCGUGGCGACUAAGACCAACAUAAUUUUGUAUGAGACUCCGAGAGGGGAGAGGGCUUUCCAUUUUGUGAAGGAAUUUUACACGCCAUCCCAGCCACGCUCUCUUACUUUCGUUCAGCAAUGCGUACAAGACACUUUUCGAUCACUUUCUGAUGUUGGAACUCCUCGAACGACUGUUGGGCACGGUCAUAACCGUGGAGCUUCCGCAGACGCCUUGUGCAACCCUGUAAACAUCGCAUAUGAAGCCCAAACAGCAAUUUUUGUUGUGUUCGACAAAAGGGCUGGAAUCAUACGAGUAGCUGAUUCAGCAGUCACGGAAGUGGAUAUGUUCGAGAGUGGAGGGAGUGUUAGCAAUUCUUCCUUUGUGGGCGGAAGUGGAUCCAGCCUGACAUUGAACGCUGGAGGAUCUCUCCCAAGUCGUCGGUCUCGAGGUUCGGUCGAUUUCGCGGCUGGCAAAGAACACAAAGGCGCUUGGGUUCUGCCCUCAAAAGUCGACAUUCCAACUGUACAUAUUCCUCAUCUUGGUACCUCCUACAGCAGCAUUUUUGUCCUCACGCGCGGCAAAAUCACACACAUCGUUGCUGCCCCCCUUCCCGCAUCUAUUCACUCCACGCCUCCUUUGUGCAUCAUAACCUGGGAUUUCCCGCCUUCAAGUGUGACUGCACGAAUGCAUUUGCCAGUGCCGUGCAGUUCACAAGAGAGUCCUGAGCCUUCCUUACAACUGAUUGGGAUGGGCGAUGAAGGCGUUGAGGCGCACGAAGUGCCUCUAUCAUAUCUUUCUGGGAGUUGUAAGGGUAAAGGCAAGGCACUUCCUGAGCCUCCCUUCGCGCAGAAUCCACUUGGCGAGGCUGGAUUCCUCACGAUCGGAGGACGUUGGCGUCAUUACAUCGGCGCAUCUCAGUUGGAAAGAAUGAAUUCCACCAUGUCCACCAGCUCGUUUGAGACGGAAGAACUCUUAUCGCGCGCGAAGGCUGAGGAAGGUGUCUAUGGGUGGUGGCGGAAGGAGUGGCAGGACUGGCGAAUCUUUUGGUUGGGAGGUGACACUAACAAUGGCAGUUCUGUGGAUGACUGA